AGGUCGGUGAGGAAAAGUUUUCCAAGCAGCCAUCAUCACAACAUCGAUAGUUAACGUUAGUUUUUAGUCCCUCAGCUUUAAUUCAGGAGGACAACUAAUGAGAAUGAAGCAAACAGCUCUGAAGGAUGUAUGUGUCUGUCUGCUGAUAUCAGCUGGAAUAAUAUUUGGACAUGAAACCGGUCCAGCUGUGGUCAGAGUGGUUGUGGAAGUCGGCAGUGAUGUUGUUCUACCCUGUUCUCUCAGCUCCAAGGAGAACAUUGUAGAUAAACUGUUUGACUGGAGGAAAGAUGGUCAGAGGAAGAAGGAGGUGUUCUAUUAUAAUGCAGGCAUUCAUUACAAUAAUGGCUAUGAUGGUCAAGAUCAGCAGUUCAAAGGUCGAGUUUCAUAUUUUUCUGAUCAACUGAAGAACGGUAACGCCUCCAUAAAGAUCAGUAAUACGCAGCUGGCUGACAGUGGAAACUACACCUGUGAGUUUCCUCGUCUUCAACCAAGUCAGAUCUUCUACAUUGAGCUUGUUGUUGAGCUUACCAUUAAAGACCGUUCAGGAGAAAUCACAGGAGCUCCAAAGCCGUACAUCUGGACACUGAAUGUCACAGAGGACAGAGUGCUGCUGCAGUGUGAAGUUCGAGGUGCUUCUCCACAACCUAAAGUAGAGUGGAAGGACAGAGCUGGAAACAUCCUUCCUGCUGAGGAGCCACAGGUCUCAGACAGAGGAGGACGUUACUACGUUACCCUCCUCACCACUGUGACCAAGACCGACCACUACCGCUGUGUAGUCACACAGGAGGAAAUCCACCAUCAGACUCAUUCUGAGACCUACGUGUUCAUCAAUGGUGCAGCUCCAGAGCCUUCUGUCAAAGUAGUUAAAACAAAGGACGGGGAGCUGCUGCAGUGUGUUGUUCGAGGUGUUUCUCCACAACCUAAAGUAGAGUGGAAGGACAGUGCUGGAAACAUCCUUCCUGCUAAAGAACCACAGGUCACAGAAAGAGGAGGAAGCUACGACGUCACUCUCAACAUUACUGUAACCAAGACUGACCGCUAUCGCUGUGUUGUAACUCAGGAGGAAAUUAACCAUCAGAUUUUUGCUGAGACUUCUGUGUAUAUCCAAGGUGCAGCUACAAAACCAAAUGUUGCAACACUUGAUCAAACAACACAAUGGGGUCUGCUGCAGUGUGCUGUUGAAGGUGUUUCUCCACAACCUAAAGUAGAGUGGAAGGACAGUGCUGGAAACAUCCUUCAUGCUAAAGAACCACAGGUCACAGAAAGAGGAGGAAGCUACGACGUCAUCCUACAAGCUCCUGUAACCAAGACCGACACCUUCACCUGUGUAGUUACACAGGAGGAACUCAACCAUCAGAUUUCUGCUGACAUAUAUGCUCUUAAUGGUGCAGCUUCAAAGCCGUAUGUUACAACACGUAAAACAAAGGAUGGGAUGCUGCUGCAGUGUGCUGUUGAAGGUGUUUCUCCAAAACCUAAAGUAGAGUGGAAGGACAGUGCUGGAAACAUCCUUCCUGCUAAAGAACCACAGGUCACAGAAAGAGGAGGAAGCUGCGACGUCAUCCUGCAAGCUACUGUAACCAAGGCCGACACCUUCACCUGUGUAGUUACACAGGAGGAAAUCAACCAUCAGAUUUCUGCUGACACAUAUGCUCUUAAUGGUGCAGCUCCAGAGCCAUUUAUCAAAUUAGUUAAAACAGAUGAUGGGGUGGUCCUGCAGUGUGCUGUUCGAGGUGUUUCUCCACAACCUAAAGUAGAGUGGAAGGACAGUGCUGGAAACAUCCUUCCUGCUAAAGAACCACAGGUCACAGAAAGAGGAGGAAGCUACAACGUCAUCCUACAAGCUACUGUAACCAAGGCCGACACCUUCACCUGUGUAGUUACACAGAACGACAUCAACCAUCAGAUUUCUGCUAAGACAUACGCUGCGCCUCUUAAUGAGGCCAAACCCAAGACUACAGACUCCACUGGAUUGGUUGUUGGUGUGUCCGUUCCCAUCAUUCUUUUGGUUGUUGGUGUUGUUCUAGUUCAAACUGAGUUGUAAGAGAGGUAAGUUUAAAUAAUGUCUUUUCAUCAACAUAGUCAUGAUGAACAGACAACACAACACAUUCUUUACAUGUAUCUCAUGUUUAGAGUCUUUGCAGUUGUUUUAUCUUCUCAGACAUUAAUCAUUCUGUUGGUAUUUACACUCAGAUUGGGGUUAAGUAAUUUUGGAUUUUCUUUAACAUAACUUUAUUUAGCUUUUUGCAGAUGAGGAGCAAA